CAACAUCACUUCGGCAAUCGCGUAGGAUGCGGCGUGCACGUUCCAGUGGUCCUGCUUGAUUCUUAAACUAAGCCUCACCAGUCAACGGCCGCUCUACACGCUUCCUCCGUAAAGGACUUCCAGGCACUCUAAAGUCUACUCUCCUACCCUCCCGUCGGCCUGUCUAUAAGAAGAUAUUCGCAUCCCGGACAACGAACGCAUUUUCCGCCGCAUUCUAGCAUGUCUUUCAAGGCUCUCGGGCAGUUCACUCCCAUCGAGGAUAUCCCCCUGAUCCACGAACGUCUGCGCAGCGGAUUCCGCUCCGGAAAGACAAAAUCGAUCGCAUUCCGCAAAGCACAGCUUCUCCGGCUCGGCCACCUCAUCCAGGACAACAUACAACGAUUCAAGGAUGCGUUUGCUGCAGACUUGGGAAGGUGUGGCGAAGAGGCCGAAUGCCUUGAAUUGAACGGCACGCUCAUCGAAAUCAAGAUUGCAUUUGACAAUGUCGAGAAAUGGACAGCGCCGGAGAAGCCGCCGUUUUCUCUGUUCUGGUGGGGCAUGUCGCCUACGAUUAGGAAGGAGCCGAAGGGGACCGUCCUGAUCAUCAGCCCGUUCAACUAUCCCGUCUAUCUGCUCCUUUGUCCUUUGGCAUCCGCGAUCGCCGCUGGAAACACCGUCAUGCUCAAACCAUCGGAGUUGACCCCGACAAUGACGAGCCUGUUCGCCGAGCUUGUGUCCAAGUAUCUUGACCCUGACGUGAUUCGAAUCGUCAACGGCGGUGUCCCGGAAACUACUCGGGUCCUCGAGCUCCCGUUCGAUCACAUCCAGUAUACAGGUAAUGGCCGUGUUGCCCGGAUUGUGAUGACAGCAGCCGCUCGACACCUCACACCCGUAACGCUCGAGCUUGGUGGAAAGAACCCGUGCUUUAUCGAUCCGAACUGCGACGUAAAGGUUUCGGCAAAGCGGAUAAUGUGGGGCAAGCUGGUGAAUGGAGGCCAGCUUUGCUUGUGUCCAGACUACGUCCUCGUCCCAGAGAGCUUCCAGGACAUCUUCGUCGAGGCGCUCACGAACGCAUACAAGGAGCUGCACCCGACUGACCCGCGCACCUCCGGGAUGGUGACGCGUAUCGUGAACGAGCGCCACAUGGUGCGCCUGAAGGGUCUGCUGGACGCUACGAAGGGCACAGUCGUGUUUGGUGGGGAGGUCGACAUGGCGGAAAAGUAUAUCGCACCGACGCUUGUGAAGGAUGUAAAGGGCGACGAUUCACUCAUGAGCGAAGAGCUGUUUGGGCCGAUCCUCGCCGUCGUUCCUGUCAAGGACCUCGACGAGGCUAUCGCGUUCGUCAAUGCACGCGAGAACCCUCUCGCGAUCUACGUGUUCACGCAUAAUGCGAACGUGAAGAAGAAAGUUCUCGACAACACCCGUAGCGGCACGGCCUCCGUAAAUGAAGUGAUCAUGCACUGCCAGGCGUACGGCAUGCCGUUCGGAGGGAUCGGCGCCAGCGGUAUGGGCUACGCGACGGGUAAGUAUGCGUUCGACACGUUCACACACCUACGAAACACGGUGGACAAUCCAUAUUGGACCGACUCGACGGUGCUGUCUGCACGGUACACGCCGUACAAGCCCGGCCCGCUUUCGUGGUUCAACUGGCUGCUGCGUCCCAAGUUCCCUGCGUUGCCUCGUGAAAAAUAGGCGAACGAUGGGCGAUUUUCAGGCUCGCGUGCAUGCGGACGCCACACAAAGACGGGAACAUGCAACUCUGGUAAGGGACUACGUAACGAAAAGAU